GUCAUCUUCCCCCUGAUGUAAAUAUAAAGCUCCGACGGUCAUCAGCGGAGUACAAAUAGAAGAAGCAGAAGCUCAAGCUCAAGCUCUUGACUAGCCCAGCUUUGUCUCGUCUUGUCCUGUCCUCCCCAUCCGUCACCAAAAUGAAGGUCUCAGUCUGGUCCCUUCUCGCAAGCACCGCCCUGGCAGUCCCUCUCUCCGAUUGGACGCAGCAACAACAACAACAUCCCAUCACAGACCCGGAGAGCAAUGGACCGUACAACCCGAAGCACAAAGAUCCCUACGAUCACAAGGUCGACUCGUACGGUGAGAACCUGCAGCCUCUUCCAUGGCGCAACGGCGAGGGCGCGACUAUGAUGGGUCCUCGAAACAAGGAUCGAGAGAGGCAGAACCCGGACAUGCUACGUCCCCCAAGCACCGACCACGGCAGCUUGCCCAACAUGCGCUGGAGCUUUGCCGAUUCACAUAUUCGAAUUGAAGAAGGAGGAUGGACUCGCCAGACCACAGUCCGCGAACUCGGCUCGUCCGUCGAGAUCGCCGGCGUCAACAUGAGACUCGACUAUGGCGUGAUCCGCGAGCUGCACUGGCACAAGCAGGCCGAGUGGGCAUACGUGCUCGAAGGCAACGUGCGCGUCACGGCCUUGGACACCGAGGGCGGGCAAUUCAUCGACGACCUGCAGAAGGGUGACCUGUGGUACUUCCCCUCCGGCCACCCUCACUCGCUGCAGGGCCUGAGUCCCAACGGCACCGAAUUCCUGCUCGUAUUUGACGAUGGAAGUUUCGACGAGGAAUCAACGUUUUUGUUGACCGACUGGCUCAAGCACACCCCCAAGGCCGUUCUGGCCGAGAACUUCAAGCUCGCGCCCGAAGUCUUCGAGACGAUCCCCAAAAAGGAGAAAUACAUCUUCCAAGGCACCCUGCCGGGCUCCAUCAAGGACGAAGAACCCAAAGGCGCCAACGUGAAAAAGUCCAAACUGCAAUUCACCCACAAGAUGCUCGACCAAGAACCCCUCAACACCACGGGCGGUCUGGUCCGCAUCACCGACUCGACCAACUUCCCCAUCUCCAAGACCAUCGCCGCCGCUCACUUGGACAUCGGACCGGGCGCCAUGCGCGAGAUGCACUGGCACCCCAACGCCGAUGAAUGGUCCUUCUUCAUCAAGGGCCGCGCUCGUGUCACCAUCUUCGCCGCCGACGGCACCGCCCGGACGUUCAACUACGUGGCCGGCGACGUUGGUGUCAUCCCCCGCAACAUGGGUCACUUCAUCGAGAACUUGAGCGACGAGGAGCCGGUUGAAGUGCUCGAGAUCUUCAAGGCGGAGAAAUUCCAGGAUUUCUCGCUGUUUCAAUGGAUGGGUGAGACGCCCAAGAGGAUGGUGGCCGACCACAUCUUUGCCGAUGACCCAGAAGGCGCCGAGAAGUUCUUGAAGGCCGUCCAGAACCCGGCAGAAGACCCCAUCCGGGCGGCCCCGAAGUGAAGGACCCGAAGAGCACAGCUUGCCAUUGACGUACGGAGUAUGUCCGAAAAUGUACAGGGAAUUUGCUCUUUACUGGGCAUAAUGGGCGUUAAAAGGCACUGGUAUCUACGAGUCCGUACAGUAUUACCAGUAGUAAAGUAGUUCUCUAAACUAGAUCUCCGGCAGAACGUUC